AUGGCCCGGGGAGGGACGCCCCCCGUCUCUUCCUCUGGCCCCGAGCCCCUGCCCCGCCGCGCCUUGCGGAAGCUGCUGCUGGUCCUGGGCUCCGUGCUCAUGUCUCUCUACGCCAGCUAUUGCCUAGCCGGGGCAGCGCGCGUCCUCACCCGGGAUCCGGCCCCGAUUCCCGUGGCUCAAGGCGAAGAGGCGGCGGGCACGCCCCGGGAUCCCUUGCUGCAAGCCCAGCCGGGGGGAGAAGGCAACAAGCGGCUGCCGCAAGCGGUGAUCAUCGGCGUGAAGAAGGGCGGCACCCGAGCGCUGCUCGAGUUUCUGCGGGUGCAUCCGGAUGUGAGGGCGGCCGGCGCCGAGCCGCACUUCUUCGAUCGGAACUACGGCCGGGGACUCGCCUGGUACCGGGAAUUGAUGCCAAGAACGCUCGAUGGCCAGAUCACCAUGGAGAAAACACCCAGCUACUUUGUCACUAAAGAAGCACCAGCUCGGAUCUCCUCUAUGUCAAAGGACACCAAGCUCAUUGUGGUGGUUAGGGACCCGGUCACCCGAGCCAUUUCUGACUACACACAAACCCUUUCCAAGAAGCCAGACAUCCCAUCUUUUGAGAGCCUGACCUUGAAAAACAGGACUACGGGUUUGAUCGAUACCUCCUGGAGUGCCAUCCAGAUUGGCAUUUAUGCCAAGCAUUUGGAAAAUUGGCUCCUGUACUUCCCACUUGGGCAAAUCCUUUUUGUCAGUGGGGAGAGACUGAUCAGUGAUCCAGCAGGUGAGUUGGGCCGUGUCCAGGACUUUCUGGGCCUCAAGAGGAUCAUCACAGACAAACAUUUCUACUUCAACAAAACCAAGGGGUUCCCAUGCCUGAAAAAGGCAGAAGGCAGUAGCAAGCCCCACUGCCUGGGCAAGACGAAAGGACGGACCCACCCCAAUAUUGACCAGAAAGUAGUACAAAGGCUGCGAGAAUUCUAUCGGCCGUUCAACAUGAAGUUCUACCAGAUGACUGGCCACGACUUUGGCUGGGAUUAA